GGCCGUGCGGCACACACACGCAACUCGCUUCUCAGCCAACUUAACCAGCUCCGGAUUCCGCUUGCCACCAGCUUCUAAAGCGGCAUUACAUCGCAUCGCAACGCGUCAUUAAUCGCAUCGUGCGACAGGACCUCGCAUCAGUUUUCGCAGCAACGCGCGCACUUUUCCCGCUUUGAACCUUCGAUUAGGGUCCGCUGUCCUUUCCUUCGCAGUCCUUAUUGCUUAUUGCUUCGGCCUUUGCGUUUGCAUUUUAAUGUUUGCUUAAGCAUUCCGUUUCGGUGUCAAAAUCCAAAAUCCGGCCAAUCCAAUCCCGGCGAUAAGGAACGGAGAGCUCAUCGCGGAAUUGUUCGACACAAAAGUGAAUUACAAAUCAAUUGAGAAAGCCCCCGGCAGCGAGACAUAGAGCACACAUCGAAGCCAAUUCAAAAGUGAGGCACUAGGAAGCAAAAAAGAGUCCCGCAUGAGUAACAGCGCCAUGGUGGCCGUGGCCAUCUGCUGCAUCCUCGUCCUGCUGGCCGUCUUCAUCGUGAUCAUCAUAGUGGUCGGGCAGACCAUCGAGGAGCCCAAAUGAGACAUGCUCCAGCUGGGACCCGGCAACUUCCCAGAUGGAUAACAGAGGCCCCCUCAAAAUUGUUAGUUUGCUGGGGCCGCCAGCAAAAAUUUCGUUGCCACCUCAUCAGCAUCUGCAGCAUUCGCAAAAUCAUCAUCAACAUCACUUUCACCCGGCUGAAAAAUUAGCAGAGGAAACAGAAGAAUCAGGAGGAGCAGAAGUAGCAGGAAGAGCAGGAGAGGAGCACGUGGAGUGGAGUAAAAGCGUCCCAUCGUCAGUAUCCAUUGGCUGUGAUGUGAAAUAUUUUGAAUUUGUGAAGCAAAAAUCAAUCGAGAAAUCAACCCAACACAAAAGGAGCUACUAAAUUUUGGAACAUUCCGCAUGCUAAUAACACAAACAUCUUCAUGUAGCAUUUCUGUGUGUUAAGUGUUGUUAAUAUAAAUGUAUAUAUAGACACACAAUCUAUGAAUACAAAAAUAUAUAGAUAUCUAGAAAUACUUACGUAAUUAUAUAUGGAUAUAUGGAUAUAUAGAUAUAUAUAUAUAUGUGUAACCCAACCGUCGUAAAGUUGCGUUCUUUUUUAUAAAAGUGUUGUUAACAAACCGAUUUUUAUUGAUGUUUUAAAGAUGUUGAAUACAACAUAUAUACCAUAUACAUGCAUACACACACGAAAGUGGAAUAAGUUUAUAUUAAAAGUCCGGCGAUGUCAGAAUUGAUGAGCGGAAAACCUGGGAAACAGAAAAUGAAACGAUUAAGAAUGGAAAUGAAUGGAAAUUGGAGAAGCAGGACAAUAGGGAAUGCAACUGGAGAGCUCAAUUGUUUAAUAUACCGUAAGAUCAUAUCAAUUCGGAAUGAUGCCAGCAAUUGCACUUGUUAAUUGCACAGCAAUGAAGGUAGAUCCCUUGUGGGAUUCUCAGCGGGAACUGGAGCAAAGAUAUAGCUACUUGAAUAUAUGGAAGAUAUGAAUUAUAUAGCAGAGGAGAUAUGCAUUUUAUAUAUCAAAAACUUUUGGAUAAGUUUUACGUGUACGUGUACCUAAAAGUAGCCACAUCUCGUGAAUAGAAUAUAAGCUGUUAUUAACUAUGAAACUUACUCACUUAAAAUCAAAUGGACUAGGAAACUUCAAGCACCACAAACUAUAAUUUAAUUGGACCCCAACCAAACAACCAACUACUCCGAUUAAAUCAAUUCAACGCAGAACGUACGUGCGCUCUAAAGGAUAAUAAAAAGAACUUCCACUCAAUUCGACUCAAUUCAGUUUUAAUCAAUGCAAAUGCCAGGCUCAGCGAAUACAAUAUUCAACAAAUGAUCAACGCGCGGCGCAUAAAUUAAUAUAUUAAUUAAUUACAAACAUCAACAAAAGUAGGCGAAGUCAGAGAAGAGAACAAGAGUGUGAUCAGACCUUCGUGUCGCGGAUCGGUGGACCCCAGAAUGGCAGCUUCUCGGCCCCGCUGCUGCACAACCAUCGCAAUCACUCGCGCCAAUGCCUCUACACCUUCCUAGCAGGACCUGGCCAGCGCGUC